AAGAAGCACCAGGAUGUUCCUACUUAUUGAUGGACUGUCUUGGCUGCUUGAAUGCCCACUACCAUUUCCUUAUACAAAAAUGUAUAAAGCGCCUUCACUAAGCAGCAAGCACCCACAUAAGACAGCAGUCAUGCAGGGCAGUCACAUUGCUGUCCUGAUCCUGGAACUUCUCAUAUGCUCAUAUGCUGCCGCUCAGCAAAUAUCAGGAAGAUAUCCUUCAAAAUGCAAACUCCCUACAGAAAUAGGAAAAUGCAAAGGAAUCUUUCCAAGAUUUUACUUUGAUCUCCACACCAGGAAGUGUGAAAAAUUCGUUUACGGCGGCUGUGGAGGCAAUGCUAAUAACUUCAGGAAUCCGGUGGAUUGCAUUUGGGAAUGUGAAAGGUCUGACUUGCUGCCUGAAAAAUGCAAACUGCCGCUAAACAAGGGAGUACGGGGCAGAAAAACCACACUGAGAUAUUUCUAUGAUUUCAAAAAGAAGAAGUGUACAAUGUUCUUUUAUAAUGGCUUUGGAGGCAACAGAAACAACUUUCUGGAUAUUAGACAAUGUAUUCGAGAGUGUGCAGAUGUUGUAUAUAUGCCCAAGAGAUGUAAGCUCCCUGUAGUCAGCGGACCCUGUAGAGCGUACAUUCGUCGCUACUUCUAUAAUACCAAGACCAAUAGGUGUGAGCUGUUUAUCUAUGGUGGCUGUAUGGGCAAUGAGAACAACUUUACAGAACGGAUAAAUUGCAUCCGUCAGUGCCAAAGUUACGGUCCACGUGAAGACUAUGACCCCAAACAACGAUUCCCCUGAUUAAUCUUUCAUUGUGUCCUCUCAUGGAGCAAAGGCACCGAGUGAAAGAAUGCUGACUCUCUUACAGCU